CUGAACUAUUUGUUAGCAAGAGGUUUGGGCAGUGGGAAGAAGAUGGCAAAUAUCCCCCUCGCACUCUCCGUUUGUCUUCUGGGAGCUUGUCUCGGUGCCGAAAGUACAGUCUUCAUCGAGAACAAAGAGGCGAGCUCCGUUCUGAGCAGACAAAAGCGAGCCAAUUCAAACAGACUAGAAGAGGUUAUUCCUGGGAACCUUGAGAGAGAAUGCAUGGAAGAAAAAUGCAGCUUUGAAGAAGCCCGAGAAGUGUUUGAAAACACAGAGAAAACAAUGGAGUUUUGGAAAACAUACAUCGAUGGAGAUCAGUGCGACCCCAAUCCAUGCAAAAAUGGAGCUGUUUGCAAGGACGCAGUAAGUUCCUAUGUGUGCUGGUGCCCAGCUGGGUACGAAGGCAGAAACUGUGAGAUAGACUUCACUUGUGCUAUUAAAAAUGGAGGCUGCAAGCACUUCUGCAGGCAUGACCCACCGCAGAAAGUGGUGUGUUCCUGUGCUGCUGGCUAUAGACUUCAUGAAGAUGGAAAGUCCUGUGAACCUGCAGUGCCGUAUCCCUGUGGGAGGAUCACGGCUCCCGAAGCGAAGAGCAAGCUCACCCGAGCCAUAAACACCUUUGAGCACUGGAACAUCACCGCCGAUGACCACGACGAUGCUCAUGACGAGGUGCUCGACAACGUCACUGAAACCAGCGCUGCCACCACCACAAAAAUCACACCGAUAAUUAAGACGGGCACCCGGGUUGUCGGUGGAUCAGACAGCAUGAGAGGCGAGGUGCCUUGGCAGGUUCAUCUGGUGAACAGCCACGGCGUGGGCUUCUGCGGCGCAUCCAUCAUCAACGAGAAAUGGGUCGUGACGGCAGCACACUGCCUGCAGCCAGGUGACAACGUCACCGCCGUGGCAGGUGAAUACAACACCAACGAGGAAGACAACACGGAGCAGCGGCGUAAAGUGGUGAAAAUCCUUCCCCACCCCACGUACAACGCCACGAUCAACAAGCACCACAACGACAUCGCCCUCCUGGAGCUGGACCGGCCGCUCAGCUUCAACAGCUACGUCACUCCCAUCUGCGUCGGCAGCCGGGAGUUCACCAACGCCCUGCUGAAGCACGGGACGGGGACGGUGAGCGGCUGGGGCAGCAUGCUUUUCCGCGGCCGGCCGGCCACCAUCCUCCAGGUCCUCAAGGUCCCCUUCGUUGACCGGCCGACCUGCUUGAAGAGCACCUCCACCACCAUCCUGCAGAACAUGUUCUGUGCGGGCUUCCCAGCCGGGGGCAGUGACACCUGCGGGGGGGACAGCGGAGGUCCCUACACCACCGAGAUCGAGGGCACCUGGUUUCUCACAGGGAUCACCAGCUGGGGUGAGGAAUGUGCCAAGCCAGGUAAAUACGGCAUCUACACCAGGGUCUCCAAGUACCUGAAGUGGAUAAAGGAAAUCACGAGGCUUACCUAA